AUGAUCCGACAGGACUUUCAGCGAAUUGACCCUAAACGAAGGGCGAUUCUCGACCCCAAAAAGAAGCAGUUCGCGACGCCCUCCUAUAAGCAGCAGGACUAUCCGCACCGUCUCAAUUUCUACGACGUGCCUCCCGCUGCAGAGAUCACGCUCGAGGAGUUUGAGCAGUGGGCAAUUGACAGAUUGAAAGUGCUCGCUGAAAUCGAGGCCUGUUCAUACCGCAAUAAAUCACCGCAAGAAACGGAAGCUCACAUCACCCCACUCCUUAAAAAAUAUCUUCCCCUAUCAUCCAACUCAUCAGCAGCCUCUGGCGUCGUCAACCAGCAGUUAAAAAAUGAGCGGCAAAAGGACCAUUACUCUCACUUCAUACUGCGACUUGCGUUUUCAGCAACCGAGGAACUUCGCCGCCGCUUCGUGCGCGCCGAGACGAUGUUGUUCAGAUUCCGAUUCCAGAAAGACGAUAGCAAAGAAAGGCGUCUUUUCAUCGAAAGCCUCAACCUCGACUGGGAGCCUGUGAGCGACAAAGAGAAAUCGGAAUUUGCAGAGCAACUUGUCACUUCCACACCAGGCUUACGCCGUGCUGACGAUGAAGCUUGGUAUAAGGUUGAUUGGGAGAAAGUCCCUGAACUGGUCGAACGUCGAGCAGUCUUGAUACGGAAAGGAAAAGCCUACGUUCCCCAGAGGGAGCAACUCAGUAUGAUUAUCGCUGAUUUUACUGCGCGUCUAGAGAAAGCCAUGGAGUUAACAAGCCGUGCGUUGCCUCGACUGGACGAGGAUGACCGUCUGACUCCUAUUUUGAAUCACCUGUCUAAAAACUUUGGAAGCGCGGAGUCGGCGUACUCCGAAGGUGAAGGUGUUGUCGACGGCGCUGCGAUCACCGCAGCAUCGAUCGAUCCUCUAUCGCAACAUUUCCCUCUAUGUAUGCGCAGCCUACACAUGACCCUCCGAAAGAACAAUCACUUGAAACAUUUUGGUCGUCUGCAAUAUACGCUCUUUUUGAAAGGCAUUGGUCUAAGUUUGGACGAAUGUAUCUUAUUCUGGCGUCAAUCAUUCAAGGGAUUUACCGACGACGAGUUCAACUCGAAAUACAAAUACAAUGUUCGCCACGCGUACGGGGACGUUGGAGGUGAUUCGAACCGUCGGGGUAGAGGCUAUCCACCGUACUCUUGCCAGAGGAUCCUGUCUGAAAGCGCACCAAGCACAGGCCAAACUCAUGGAUGUCCAUACCGGCAUUUUUCCGUUGACAACCUUACCGCCCUCCUCCAAUCUACCGGAGUCCACGAUAAAGAUCUCCUGCAUGGCGUGCGCGAAGACGUGGAGAAGCAAAGAUACCACAUUGCUUGCAAUAGAGUCUUCGAGUGGACACACAAGGCUGAUAUCAAGAGAGUCAAAGAAGAUGGCUCUUGGAACCAGACCGACCUGGAUACCAUCGUUCACCCAAACACUUAUUUCAAGCGGAGCUACAUGCUCAAAUACUCUGGCAAGCCGUCUAAGGAUUGA